UCCCAAAACAAAGAGUUUCUUGAUUCAAAAUCCACCAAAAGAAGGAAAAAUUCCUUCCGUGUAAAAUUAUCGUCGCCAGCAACCAAAAUGAUUUAGUAGCGUGUUCGUUUUAGCGCGCAAAAAUGACGUCUAAUGCCAAGAAAGGAAAGUCGGCCGUUCUGGAGUUUGGCACACAAACGAAAGGUAAGUGCUAUGUUAUCUGGCGUCAGCUUAUAACAACAGAUCAAGGGGCGGUGAAUUUAUGAACAGUUGAUGUAAAACAUAGUUGUCGAGAGAAUAACCGAGAUAUUUGCGAAACUGGUUUCCGGGGAUGAGUUAAUUUUGCGAGCAACGUUGAUUGCGAGCGCCGAUCCGUGGACGGUUUGCGAAGAGCCUGAGCCAUCGAAUUAGUUAAAGAGAGUCGAGUUAUUUCAUCGCGAGUAGACGGACUGCAAAUAUUGAGCAACUUUUGACUAAUUAUUUCGAUUAUUCUGGGGAGAUUAUCAAGCAUUUUGUCAUCAAAGUAAAGACCAGUUGCUAAAAAGUCUGCGCAUCCCGCACGCUCUUUAUUUUAAGAUUGUAUACGCUUAGAACUUUUCAAGAAGUGGUUUGGAUGUAAUCGGCCAAAAUUGUUUGAUCAAUGGUUCACCUUAUGAUCUUCUAACAAGCAAACUCCUUCAUCUGUUUGGCUUAAUCAAUAAAUGUGUUUGGCUUCAAGGAAGCCUUUUGGUUUUUACGUAUUAACUUCACUUUUUGACUUUUUUAAAAAGUUAAUAUGUCGAGUUCAUGUCCUAACUUUGUAGCGAUGUUCAAUUUUCCGCAACAUGUUUGUAAAUGAAAUCACCGUUUUAUUUCAAGCAGAUGAAUGUUUUUCCUCGUGGUCGUAAACAAAAAAAUACCUUGGUUUAAAUUUGUCAAUUUGAAAGUGUUUGGAACAUUAAAUAUUUAAAUCUCUUGAAAUCGAAAACGAAUGUGUGAAAAUCAUUGAGAGCUAGUAUUCAAAAUCUUGGAGAUUCUGGUGUUUGUUCUAGUUUUCAAGAGACCGCAGGCAUUCACAAAUGACCUUAUUAAGUAUUCCUCGGACCUAUCUUUACAUCUUGGAAACUCGUUACUUUGAAAAUUUUUCAUCUUGUUCCCUCGUGGCUACUACUCAAGUUGUUGCUAGUUAAAUGAACUAACUUUGACAUAUAAUUAUGUGCUCGUGAUUCUGUAAGAUGUAAGAGCGAACGGAUUUCUACCGCAAUGUAAACUAGCCAUUUCACUUUACCCGUGGCAACCUUAUUUAACAUUUUCGAACAACUUAACUCCAAUUACGUAGCAGGUGAUGUAUUAAACGCAUUCAUGUUUCGCAGCUGAUGGAAUGCACAACAUUUCAGCCGUUUAUUUCUUCUUUGAAGCUUAUCAAUCAAAAAUAUACCAGUUUGUAUUUUGUCACGAAAUACUUGACUGUAGUAAAAUGCAUCUUCACACCUUCAGCAAUUAUCUAAACGGCCGUAUUUUUUGGUUAAAAAGUUGUCUGUAGCCACGUGAGUCAUUUAAUCGAAUGUGCAAUCACAUGUUUUUGUUUACAGCGCACUGUACCUGGUUCUCCGUGAUUCUGUUUCUGUCAAACGUUCUUAGAUCAUCGAUUCCAAAUGUUAUGUUCUCGAGCAAUAAUUGUAUGAUAUUUAGUUUCAGCUAUGACCUUUCGUUUGACGAACAGAUCAGAAGACAGGUUUUUUACAAUGCAAUGGAUAAAAUUCCCGAACUGAAAACUCAGACAUUUGCUAGCUUGUAGAAUAACACAAUUACACAAUUACGUACAGUUGCUUAAGUUGUAAUUUCCCACCGAAGCAAUAUUGGUAUUUUUAUAUGUUAGUGUUGGUUGGUGUUCCAAUAUCCUUUGAUCCACUAUUUUGGCCAAACAUGCUCUUACAUCUGCAUAUAUUUUUUUAAAAGCAUUUUCUACUGAAAUUUGAUUAUGGGACACAAUUCCUAAAAGACUUCCCAAGAACUACACCAUCUUUCAUUGUUGUGAAGUCAAGUCAAAUACUCUCCUACCAAUUUAUGUAAAAGUGCCUAUUUGUGUUCCAUUGUCUCUGACUGGAACCACUUCCUGUCUCACAAAAUUCUUCCUUCAUGAUGCUAUAUAUAACAAGGGUUCGAACAAAAAUGUUGCACACUUAAUCAGGAUUUAAACAUCAUCACUUGCAUUUUGUCAUAUUUCCUGAAAUAAUUCUUGAUGUGGUAAAAGUAACACACAAUAUUGUUUUGUAUGAGUUAUAAUAUAUAUAACAGGAAGUUAUCCUUUUUUUUUCUGACAAUCACAACAUAAUUUGAUCUUUAGACUUCCUUCUCAAGCAGGAUCUGCCUCUACAAGAUAUUAAAUUUCUAAAUUAAGCUGAAACUUUUGGCAAUGAAACAACUUUUUGAUUUUUACAGUUUUCUCAGAAUUUUUUGGAGAUUAUUGUCACCAGUUGGAAUGAUUUGAAUACUAUAUACACUCUAAAUGUUACUCUGCUUGUAAAAUUUGUACCUUGAAAAUUAAUUAGCUUAGGCUGGUAGCAUUGGUUUAACUCUUCAUGUGAAUUAUGGCUGAAAGCUGAGUAACUUUCUUUCAUUUUUGCGUACAACAUUUUACAGGUUACAGAGUUAGAUACAUUGGUUCAAAUGUGUUAAAGUGAUAAUGGUUUUCACGUGCUCCUCAAAUGUUUUUCAUGUGCUUUUUGCCUGUCAAAUUUCGCGCACGUACUGAAUUUUCAAAGUAAAUGUAAAAACUGUCUGUAGACUACCUAGAAUUUACCAUCAGCUGGCGGUUCAUGAUUUCGUAGACAGAGCCCUCUAGUUAACAUCUGUAAUGUAUUAAUCAACUACAUUUCAAUCACUGCUAUGAGAUCUGGAACACCCACAACGAAGGCCGCUCUGACAGGCUACAAAACUUGCAAAAUAGGUCUGCCAGACGCAUAAUGCAUAUCAGCAACUGGCGAUACUCAUGCGACAAGGCUGUCGUUGCGUUAGGCUGGGAAACCCUAGACAUUCAGCAAGCAAGGUCUUAAGCUAAAGAAAUGUUUUAAGUGAUUCACAACUUGGCUCUAAAUUGUCUCACUGAUCUAAUCUUAAAAAAGAGUGGCACUAUUCAACACAAUCUCUGAGGCUCUUCUACCUUCCUGCAGUCAUUUGUUUCCUUUGUUUUUGGUAUUCAAGUGCUUUUAUUGUUUCUUAUAAAUUAUUUCACAAAUUAAUACUUAACAAAUUACAAAAUGAAAACAAUGAAAAAAGAAAAAAGUCAUUGGAAUAAGCACAUUUGCUAAAAUCAAGACAGGAAACCUGAUGAUUGAAGACAGAGAAAAAACAAGUAAGAGACAAGAAUAGCCUUCACUUGGGUUUCCCAUUAUAACAUGAUGGCUGUCUUACUAAAUAGUGUAACACAGUAAGAAGUACCAGCACUAUCCUUUUUAUUUGUAAGUGAUUCUGCCACUUUUUGCAAGCUUUUGGAGCAUUCUCAAGUUAGACCAGAAACACCUCAGGAUUACUAAAAGUUCUUACAAUCAUUCUUUAUCUUUUUACACUUUAAUUUUUAUCUUAAAAAUUUCUCUUCAAUAUUUUUACUAAGCAUCGAUGGCUGAAAAAGAAUGAAAAUACUUAAGAGUUCUGGUGAAAGCCAAACACUUUUGUGGAUCAUUUUCAUUGAUUGUGUAUGAUCUGAUGUGAAACACAAGCAGUGAAAUUAACUUCAUUUGGCUAAUUGAUUGCUAUGUGGCAUGCAAAGGAUCUAUGUAGACCCUUUGCGCACCCCAUUUGGGACAAAUCCAGUGUUUUUCCAUUUACUCUAUUAAUCAUACAUCAUUUCAUAUUUCUCUGGGCCAGAACUCUGCAGGAGCAAAUACUAAGAAUUAAGAGUACGUUUCAAAUAGAACGUUUUAUAGCCAGAAAGAAUAAUAAACUUGAGAUCCAUUACAACAAAUGGAAACCCCUCCUUCAACUGAUAGAACAAUAGCUGAACUAAUUUAUUAUUUAUAUCAAUACGCGAUGCCUUUUUUUCAUUUCUUUUAUUCUCACAGUCCAGUGUAGUGGUAUUUUCUUUGUGUAAUAGAGUAGUGUAAUGUAAAUUUAUGCAUGUAGAAAUUUGUGAUGUAUCUUGCGUACUUGUAAAAACUGUAAAAACCCAAAAACAAAUAAAAUACAAAAAAAAAGGAGCAAAUACUACAAGUAAUAUGUUAAAUUAUGAUAAUCAUAAUAAAUAUAAUCCCAUGAAAUAGAACAAUCGCCAAGAUACGCCAUGAGCUCUAUGGGUUCAAGAAAAAAUGUCAUAAAUGAAAACUAAUGGUGUAUGUAAUAUACAUAUAUAUAUAUUUAUUUGAAUAUUAUUUACUUUUACUCAGCUAGAUUAGUUUUUCAUUUAUUCUGAGUGAAUGUUACCUUUUUUUGUGUUAACAUAUUAUGUGUGUAAACUAAGUUUAACUUCUCAAUUUGGUAAUGAUAAAGCUUGUAAUAUAAAAGUUUUUACCAUUUUUAACUCACUUCCCAAAGACAGUUCACAAUAAGAAUCUUUAUCAAUAUUUAAAAACCCAAACUUACCUUGAAACCUGCUCAUUAUCUCAGAUGUACUUUACGACAUAACUUUUUCUUAAAGUAGAGAUAAUUAUUGUAAAUUACAUGAUUACAUGAUCAUUUCUUUUAAUCCUUUAACUCCCAGACCAAAUUUGUAAUUCUCCUUACUGUCAAACAUACAAUUCUUACAAUAUUAGUUCAGAGAAUUUACUUUUGGAUCAACUAAUUAUCCCCAAAUUGAUAGUUUUCUUUAUUCCCAUCACUUGUCUGGUUGAUAUUGUAUUGAUAUUGUAAGGAGAAAUUCUGUCUUGGUCAUUUAUGGGAGUUAAAGGCUUAAUAUUUUAACACACAUUUUUUAGAUUUCGAAUCCUUGCAAAUUAUUUUAGUUGUUGAAGUAUGGACAUAGUAUCCACUGAAUUAGACUUGCGUUUGAUCUUACUCUGGUAUUGCCUAACACUUUAACUCUCAGAUCAAAUUUGUAAUUCUCCUUCCUGUUAACAGUACAAUCCUUAUAAUGUUAGUUCAGAGAAUUUAGUAUUGGAUCAACUAAUUAUCCCCAAAUUGAUAUUUUUCUCCAUUCUCACCCUUAUCUGGUUGAUAUUGUGUUGAUAUUGUAAGGAGAAAUGCUGUCUUGGUCACUCAUGGGAAUUAAAGGGUUAACAAGUGUUUGUUUCUUUCCUAUCAGGUUUUCAAUCGAGUUUAACAUGAAAUGAAUGGAAUUUUUAUUUGUUUGUUGGGGGUGUUUGUAGCUUAGUAACCAGGCAUUUUCAAGUAAUCAUGUUGAUUGAUGAAAAUUUGUGGCAUUGUUACCAGAUGUUUUCACUGGUAAGCUGCACCCUUGAUUUGUAAAGACAAUUUGGAGAGAAAAGGUGUAGCUCAUAUGCCAAUGUUCACAGUUUGUCUAGUUCCAAUAAAUUUUAUUUAUUAAUCCUAGAACCCAUUGGUUAACCAAGAUGUUAAUGUUAUCUUUUGACAGAGAUGCGCCAGAUUGUUAUUGAGCAGCUGAAAUGCUUUGAGAACAGAACAGAGGGAAAACUGCUUUUUCUGGCAGAUCUGCAGGAAUUUUUCAGAAGGCUGUCAGAAAUUGAGAUGGAAUAUUCUCGAAACCUAGAUAGGCUUUCAAAGAUGUAUCUGGAAAAACUUCAUAGGCAUAAAGCACAGAGGUAACAUAAAACAUUUCAACUACAUUGUUAUGUAGUUAUUGAGUCACAAGGUGCACCAUUUUUUACCAGAAAAAUUUGUCCUCUCAUGGAAAAUUGAUGGUAAACUCAGUUUGUAUCUUACAGCUGAGUAUUUUUGUGAAACUGAUUUGAUAAGGCCAAUUUUUCCCAGUCUCAUUUUAAAUAAAAUCAAGACAGUGAUUGUUAGUUACUGUCUUUUGUAAGUUUGGUUGGAUUUGAAAAAGACAGGGGUGACUCUGAAAAGAACUGUGUGUUGUAUAGCCAAGUGUUUGGAAGAAACUGAUGCAAAAAGUUGAACUUUUAUCUGGCCAUUUUAAGUUUUCAAGGCAGUGACUGAUAGAUAUGGACUUUUGUAAGGUGGUUUUUAAAUGAUCUGUGUGGCUCUGAAAAGAAUUGGUGGGAAAAAAAGGAACUGUCUUUGUUUUAAUUGUGGCUCUCUGUUUUGAACUGGUAGUCCACCAUGCUGUUGUAAUUGACUAACAGAGUGUGGGAUUUAUUAAUGCCCUUAUUCACUAUUUAACUUGUGUCACUAGGAGAGAGAAGGGAACCACGAUGGAUUUAUGGCAACAAGUCCUCAUUGAAACAAAGAACAAAUCGAAGAUGCAUCAGGGUCUUGCCGAAAAUGUUUCCAGUGACAUUGUUAAUAGAUUCAUGAUUAUAAGUGACGACUGUAAAAGAAUAUCCAAGCAUGUAAGAGUUUAUAAUUAUCUUAAUCCUUUAACCCCAAGUGUGAUUAGCACCCUAUUUCUCCCAGCAAUAUCACCCUUGAAUCAUACAUUAAGGUCUUGAGAAUAUAGGAAAUGAUCACCAACUAAAGAAACUCAUCAUUUCUAUAAACAAUUACUCCUUGACAGCUCCAUAGGAAAUGUGAAGAGAACAGUAUGGAUAUAUGUACUGAUGUUAGGGUGCAUUGGGUGGUCAAGUGGAAAAACCGUUAUGUUUUAUUUCUAGAUUUUUAUGAUGUCAACUGUUGUCCCCUAAGAGAGACUUGCAUGUAAUAUCUCCUCACAGUAUCACCCUUGAAUCAAGUACAAAGAUGAUGAGAAUUAAAGAAAUGAUCACCAACUCAAGAAACUCCUGAUUUUCAAACAAAUUCUCCUUGUCAGUGCUAUGGGAAAUAUAAAGAGAACAGUGUGGAGAAUAUUAAUAUUAGUAAUAUUUUAAGUGAAAGUGAGAUAGGCAACAAGCAUGGAAUAUCUUUAAUUUUGUAAGUUCUCCCUUUUUUUUUUUUUUUUUGUAUUUUACAGUGUUGCGAGACAGCUUCAACUCUCCAGGAGGAACUACUCAAAUCAGUGAACGAUCUUAACAGGGUGAAUACAAAAACUGAGUUGUUUUUCUCAAUGAAACUUUUAUGAUAAAUUGUUCAGCCUUAUACAAGUGUUCAAGAUGAAAAUUAUUACUGAAUUAGACUAGUGUAGUACAACAGGAACUGAAUUUUUUCCAACCUAUCAAAAAAUGUUUUAGCCCCUUAAUCCUUUAACUCCCAGUUCAAAUUUGUCAUCCUCCCUACUGUUAACCAUACAAUUCUUAUUAUGUUAGUUCAGAGAAUUUAGUAUUGGAUCAAUUAAUUAUCCCUAAAUUGACGAUUUUCUUUAUUCUCAUAACUUACCUGGUUGACAUUGUAUUGAUAUUGUAAGGAGAAAUUCUGUCUUGGUCACUCAUGGGAGUUAAACUCCCAGAUGAGAUCAACAGGUAACUUCUCCCUGUAGUAUCCAUACACUAUCCAGCAAACUGGUAGUAAGAAUACUCAAACUUAUCAGGUAUGAGAUAUUUUUAAAUAUUGAUCCAACACCAAAUUCUUGCAACAAAUUUACAAGGGAAUGAGUAGCAGCUAGAGAGGGAGAAUUAACAAUCCAAUCUUGGCAGUUAAAGGGUUAAACUAUAAGAGUGACCAGCAUCUAAUUUCUCCUCACAGUAAUUACUACUGACCAUUCAUUAAGAUCAUGAGAAUAAUGGAAAUGAUUGCAGAGCUGAGAAGCUUUGAUCACAAAAUAAAUUCUCCUUAAGGGUACCAAGGGAAAUGUCUAGAGAACUGUAUUGAGAGUAUUGAUAUUGAUGUAAGGGGUAAAGGGUUCAUGGCCUACAUCUUUUUUUUUUUGUUGUAGAGACUCCAUCGCUAUCAUGCAAUGGCUUUAGAGAGCAAAACAGCAGAGCAGAAACUUCAAAAGAUGGAAGAUUCACGAAGAAAGAAUGAAAAAAUGGCCAAGCAAGUUGAAAAGGUAUGACCAGAGCAGUUUAUAAUCUUGCCAAAAAAUAUAAUUACUCUGAUACAGUCAAACCUCAGUUAUCUGGACUUUUUUUGGAGAUAUUUUUAUUACAGUGUAUGAGGACUUGCUUUUGUGGUAUUAUUUGUAAUAAAUAUUUAUUUGUUCCAUUUGCAAACUGUGACAACUUUUGCUAUUAAUUGAAGUACUUGUAAAGAAGCAGCCAUCAGAACUCACAGAAUUUGUUCUGCUUUCCAUGAAACGUUGAUGUUUAGAUUUCUUAAUUUCCAAACAUACCUUUGACAGAUGUUAAUGAUGAUGCACUCUGAUUUGAGAACAUGUUAAUUCUUUGGUAAUAUUGAUUUAAGGGUAUGUACAUGAUUUCAAUUUUAUUUUAGGCUUAUUAUUAUUCAUAUUUUUUAUUGUUGAGACUCUCAGUUAUCAGGACUUUUUGGCCCAGCCCCAUAUGACUCCAGAUAAUUGAAGUUUGACUGUAAUUUUUUUUCAAGAUGAUAUAAUAUUGGUAUUAUAAAACAGUUAAAAUAGUUAAUGAUUAUAUUGUUGAUGACAAUGACCAUAAAUGAUAUAACUGUAGUGGCACAUGUAAACAUCAUUUCAUGUGUUGUUUUACUGGUCUUUAAUAGCACCAACAAAAAUGUACUGAAUGCAAAAAGAGGUGUGUCAAAGCUAAGAAUGAGUAUGUCUUAUCACUGGAGUCUACAAACCAUUUCUUGGAGAAUUAUUACAAUGGAUUUCUCAAGACAUUGGUUGAUGUGAGUAUGCUCUUUUUUUUUUUUGUUUUUGUUUUUUUUUUUUUUUAGAACAAAUGUCCACUGAUCGAUUUUGUUGUUUUUGUUGUCGUCUUGUAAUAGGCAGAGUGUAACUUUACCUCUGAUUGUGCCCCAUACUGUAGGUUAAGUCUUUGAGGUCAAGGGACCCAUUUUUUUUUGGGUCAAAAUUCUCAAUAAAAAUUAUGAUAAAGUUCCUCCUCAGGAAAAAGGAAACUUCUAAAUGUGCCUCACCCCCAAUAUGUGGCUUUGUAGCUCAGUUGGUAGCAGUAGCGAACUUGUAUCUGGAAGCCAUGCAUUUGAAUCCCGUUGAAGCCUGAAUUUUUUCCAGGCUUUUCUUUUGCAAUUGCUAAAAUUACAGCUUAUCUACAAGGAUUGUAGCUUUACCAGGCCCUUUUUUUCUAUUGAAUCUAUGAUGGUAUCUUUAUCAUGAAGCAGCAACAAAUGCAAAGUAUGGAGUAUAUUUAAUACCCCUAGAUAGGAUGCAAGUCCAUUACAUGUUACAGGGUAUAUCUUCAUUAAUCAAAACUAUAACAAAAUUGUAGAAUGUGAUAGGUUAUCACCAGUCUGAUUAAAGCCCUAAUAGGACAGUGUACGCAUUGUGUUUGCAAUUGGACAGUGUAAUAGGACAGUUGGCAUGUCAUGCCUUUGUACAUGGACAGUACACAUCAUGAAAGUGUGCUGUUGUUGGGCAUUUCACUGAGUUAAUUGUUUUGGUUUUUUUUUUAAAUGAAAACAUGGAAAGGAUGAUUGCUUUCUCUUUAGAAUUUUGUCAUAAGUUUGAUUCAUAGGUGAUUAACAUGUAACUUUUCCCUGUAAUAUCCAUCAUCAUUCAGCAAUCAAGUAAUGAAAAUACUUAAACUUUUUGGGUAGAAAUUAUUAUCUUGAUCUAACACCAAAUUGUCAUCACUUAUUUGUAAGCUAGAGGGGUGAAUUUACAAUCAGAUCUUGGGAGUGAAAGGGUUAAAUGGGUAACAAGAUCUUAACCCUUUAACUCCCAUGAGUGAUCAAGACAGAAUUUCUCCUUACAAUAUCAAUACAAUAUCAAGCAGAGAUGAGAUGAGAAUAUAGUAAAAUAUCAAUAAGGGGAUGAUUGGUUGAUCCAAUACUAAAUUCUCAGAACUAACAUUAUAUGAAUUGUAUGGUAGACAGUGAGGAGAAUUACUAAUGAGAUCUUGGGAGUUAAAGGGUUAAAUUUUUGUAUUUUGUUUUCUACUCAGACUUUUGACUACAAUUACCACGACUCUUUCACUCGAGGAGUUGAGGCAUAUGUCACUUCAGAAGCAAAUGUAGCAGCUUCCAGCAACCAGUCAGUAGAUGUUGUGCGUGAAGCUAAGUUUACUGUGGAAGCAGCUAAAGAUAAACAGUUCUUCUUUGAUGACAACUCCGGUGCAUUAGCUCUGCCAUUCACAUUUGCCUUCUUGCCGUUCAAUGAUGAUGAGGUUGGUCUCUGUUCUUAGUCUGAAUUUCAGAACUCCUAUUCUGCUCUUUAGAUAAUGCUGCUUAUUGUGGUAGUCUUAUAGUAGUAGUAGUCUUUAUUUAUUCUUGAAACAUAAAAAGUGGUAAAAAUAGUAAAAGAUAAAACAAUUAUAAACUUGUAACACCACGUUGUGUUUAAAAAAUCGGAUGAUUGAUGUUCACAUCUUUUAAAGAUGAUUUGUUUCUGAAAUUAAAAUGUCAUCAUUUUCUUUUGAGAUUAAAUUUUAAAGAGGAUGGAAAUCAAAUUUUGGCACUUAAUUUAAAAUGUUUUUGUCCUGGUUUCGUAGUAGUGCAUAUGUGUAGUUCUAGUAGUCUUUGUUCAAAUAAGCUGUGAACUCCCCUGUAAUUGGGACUUGGGCAUAAUGUUUGGUAAGGAAAUAGAGAAAAAGAAAGAUUUUGUUUUGUGUCUUGUCACAAGCAUGGAACAAAGAAAAAAUUAUGAGUCCCAGAGGAGGGCAUAGAGGGCAUAUUUACUACAUGUUGAUUGGCUGAGAUAGAGGGAAUUUUUCAUUAAAUUUGGUAAUUCCCCGUACAAAAUUACCUAAAACUGAUUAGUUCUUAGGUUGCCUAAGUUGUUUUUGACCUUUUUUAAGAUAAAAUUUUCCAUUUAUGUUAUAAAAAAGUAAUAGCAAGUUUUUUUGUAAAGUUAAAGAUUGAAAUCACUUCUGUUUUAAAGAAGUUGCAGAAAUCGCUCUCAUCACUUGCUGCAUGACUCAAGAAUUUUCUGCAAUUUCUGAAAACAUGUGUGAUUUUAAUCCUCAAUUUAACUUAGCCCAUCGGAUUACCUCUACACAUUACCAGUAGGGAUAUUAUGUGACCUAACUCCAAAUUUUUGAGAUGAAAUUAAAUAAAAUGUAGGGCAGACGGUGGCGAGUGAUAUCUAGAUCUUACCAAUGAAGCGUCAUAUUUAAUAUGUGUAUGGAUGUUUAUUUCACAGCUUUAUCAGGUGUCACCUCAACAAAUUGAUGUAAUAGAUCAUCACUACAGGGUGUUUGAGAGACUGCAAAGGGCAAAAGCAGAAACAGAUGAGGUUUGUCACUAAAACACUUUCUUGUAGUUAUACCUAAUUGCAACAAGGUUUAAGGAACUUCAUCAAACAAAAAACUGAAAAAGAAAGUAGCAAAAUGUGAAUUAACUAGCUUGUAAUUCCCGUAGACAUCUCCUUUCCACGUUUUUUUAAAUCCUUUAACCCUUAAGAGUGAUUAGUGUAUAAUUUCUCCAGACAAUAUCAGCCCUGAAUCAAACAUUCAGGUCAUGAGAAUAAAGGAAAUGAUCACAAACUAAAGAAGCUCUUGAUUGUUAAACAAAUUCUCUCUGUCAGCAUCUUUGUAACUGUAUAAAAAGUAGUAUGGAGAGUUUACACAUUGAUGUUGGGGUGUAAAAGGUUAAAGAGGAUGAGGAAGAUGACAGCUUUUGGUUUUGGCCUUAAAUGACACAUGUGGCCAUUCAUUUUGCCGAAAGCAUGAGGCAAAAACUGGCUGAGUCGUGCAAAAUCAAACCCUAGACUUUCUGACUCUGUGAUCAAGUGUUUUAUUACUGAGCAACAGGUAAUUCUGUUGUGGAUUAUGGUAGUACUAUGUUCAUAUUUGAUAAGCAUCCUGCUCAUUGCUACGGUCAGAAAUGUUGAAAGCCUCACGCAAAAUGAAGCAGGAAAGAAAGUACAGCAAAGAACAUUUUAACCCUUUCAUUCCUAAGAGGAACUGGCUUCUAAUUUCUCUUGGAGGUAUCACUGCAGAGUCAAGCACAAAAGUCAUGAGAAGUAAGGAAAUGAUCAUCAACUCAAGAUGCUCUUGAUUGUUGAAAAAAAUUCUCCUUUCGUAUCAUAGGAAAUGUAUAGAGAACAGUAGGGAGAAUAUGAACACUGAUGCCAGGGUAUAAGGGGUUAAGUUAAGUUAGUAGUUACCUUAAAAAGCCAUUCAUGUCUAUGAGUUUCACUUUGCAUUUAACAGCCACUGUUGUCCAUUUUUUAGAUUGGAAAGUCAGCGGCGGCCACCUCAGAUGCUCUUGCAUCGAUGCAUCAGCAGUGGGACAGUGAAAUGAUGAAAGUGGCCAAUGGUGCAGUGGAUCCUGUUGCUGGAUUAGGCAGCUGUCAAUCAAUCAAGAACAGCAGUGAAGACUUAGAGAUGUAUUAUAUGACGGUACGACCUCAUUGGAACCUUUCAAUUACUCCCAGAAGCAACUAACAUGUAAUUUCUCCCCUAAAUACCCAUACAUUAUCAAACAAACAGGUAAUGAGAAUACUCAGACUUAUCAGGUGGUGGCUAUCUGCUUGAUCAAACACCAAAUUCUUGUAACUAAUUUACAAGGAAAUGUGGUGCAGCUGGAAAGGAGAAUUUACAAUCAUAUCUUGGGAGUCCAGGAGUUAAUCUGCUACUUUGCUGCUGGUGUUUUUACUUUCUCCACAGUCGGGAUCAAUUGUAGUAUUGUUGUAAAAUAUUCAGGUUUCACGUCGCGUCAGUGCUCAGAAUUUUUGCACCCUUCUUUUCUGAUAUUAUGCAGCGCACUUAAAAGAUGUUUCCUUAUGUUGCUUUAUGAUAUUUUUUCUCUUCCAGAAAAUGCGGGAGCUUAUUCUUAUUAGUAGUGUACAAGUCCGUGUGGAGGCUGAAAAUGAUAUGCUGACCAAAACACUCGGUUAGUAGUAAUCUGUACUUCUUACUUUUUUACUUUUUUUUUUAUUGUUAAGUGACUUACAAUCAUUUACUAACUUUGUUUACUCUUCGUAGGUGAAGUAACACCAGACAUUGUGGGAGCCAGGUAUUUUAAAAUGAUGUUAAAAAUGAAUUUCCACACUUCUUGCCCAAAAUCUCCACAUGUAGUAUUCCCCUGUCUAAGCUGUGGCCGUUUUGACCUCCUUGGUCAGAAGGAAUAAAAUUGGGGACGAACUUUGCACCGAAAGGAGCCAUUUUGGCGACCUUUCUCGUGUAGCAAGCUGUCACAUCUUUGUGUUUUUGUAACGCAAUUUUCAAUUGGGUGUCCAAAAUCAAGGCUAUCUCAGCGACUAAACAGAACCAAGGUUUACAUAGUCAUUAGCCAAUGAGAACUGAAAACUGCUCAAGCGCGGGAAAAUGCGAAUGACCAAGUCACGAUUCUUUUAAGUUUGGCUUUUGAUUGGUUGAGAGGAUGACACGAUUCUUCUAGACCAAUCACAGAGCAAAGUUAGAAGAGCAAAGUUAGAGAAAACCAAAGCAACCCCGAAUUUCUUUCGACACUUUUUUUUGUUUUGUUUUGUAUUUCUUCCCUUGCCUUAACUUUGAUUUCUGGUGACUUUUUUUUAGAAUUUUUAGGACGUCAAAUGGGGGUUUGAAGCUGGGGUAUGACUUAAGGGAUGUGUGGGGCUUGCACAAAGUGUCUAAACAUGUAUUAGAGAAAAGUCUGAUUUUUUGUCUUGGAAAAUGUACCCUAAAUUUCUACCACGAGCAUUUGCAAUCGUGGUUUUUGGUACAAUACUUGAUUUUGUCUGCCCCAUAUCUCGCCUCCAUGACACCUGCUGCUCCAUAAGUCUUUCUUUUCUCAUCACAUAUUUCACAUUUAUAAUGUGUUGAUAUUAUAAAAAUGAUUUGAAUUUUCAUUUCAUCAAUUUUUUUAAGGCUUAAGAGACCAGCGCUAGAUAUGUCUUCUAAAGAAGCUUCAGCGAUUCUAGACUCUGUGCACAAGAAGGCCAAAGUGUUUGGAUGUAAUCUAGAAAAUUAUGUUAAAGUAAGUACAUGCACCAAAUCAUAUCAUGUAGUUCUUAACGACUGAUUGCGGAAAAAUAACCGCACUUGUAAUUGUUUCAAAUUUUUUGGAAAAUUUUUGUGACAUUUCCUCAGGUAGACGUCGGGGAUUGACUCUUUAGACCUUAAGGGCCGAUUAUUUCAACCAAACCGCAUUCUAAGCCAUCUUCAAUUCAGCCGAACUUCUAUCCGAAUAAUUAAAUUUGUUAGUAGUGUUCAGAGGGCCGAAAGCUGAUAGUGGAAGGACAGUUAUGUAAUAAAAUAAGCCCUCUUAUAGAGAAUCCCUGAGGUGUACUGCUUGCGUAAAACCGCGGUUCGGGUUAGAUCUCGUGUAAAAACCGGCUCUGAGUGACUUGCUUCUAAUGUUUUCUUACAAUAUCAUCCCUGAAUCUAACAUUAAGGUCACGAGAACAAAAGAAGAGAUCGCCGUCUUAAGAAGCUCUUGUUAGCCGGUUAAAUUGAUUGUUUCAAGUUUGCUUUAUUUCUCAGGUUACAGGAAGAGAAAUUCCAGAGGUUGUAGAAAGUUGUGUCAAGUUUAUUAAAAAGUUUGGUGAGUACUUGAAAUUCGGCCUUCCUGGUUAGUUAAUUAAGUUUUAUUAACUGAUUUGAUAAUGUGAAUUGGCCACCGUUGAGAAAAUCUCUUGGGAGUUUAAGAAACGACGACGGCGGCGGUGCCUUAGACAACGUCGGUUAAAAAAUGAACUUAUAUUUUACCAACGAAUCUUGCGAUACUCUAAAGUCAUUUAGUUUGUUUCUCACUGUCAAAACUAUCUCGAAACUGAAUAUGGAACACAGGUUUGUCAUUUCACGUUGUUGUUUUGCAGAGGACGCAAAGAAAUUUACAAAGAUUUAUAACGCACGUGCACAGCUAUUGUUCUUCUCAUUAAACUUUUUUUUUAGUGACGUUGUCGUUGCCGUCGUGGUUUUCUUAAAGUCCCUUUUAGCUGACGUCUUGAGCGGUAACCCUUCGUCAGAGAGAAUGACGAUUCUGGGGCCUCGAAGGAUUUAAAAAAUCCCUUAUUUUAGUUUAUGUCUGCUGCCCUGGGAAGUAUGCUGUCAUAACAUAACAGUUUUUAUUUAUUUUAUUGUGUUCGUAGGGCUGGACCAUCAAGGAAUAUUUCGGUUAUCGGGAUCCACAACGGAAAUAAACGACAUGAAACAACUUUUUGAAAAUGGUAACUGCCUUGAAAGUUAGGGAGCGUUUUGUUUCACUGUACAUUUAUCGCGUUGCGGCUGAAAUUCGCGGUUUUUUUUUUUGGUAGGUCGUGAUCCGUUAGCAGGUCUAAAUCAUUGGAAAGAUAUCAACGCCGUGGCUGGUUUACUCCGGGUUUAUUUCAGGGAACUGGAAGAUCCUCUGUUUCCUAGUUCACAUUAUCAAGAAUUCAUUAAGGCUAGCUGUAAGUAUCUCGUUAUAUUGUUAAAUGAGGGUAGUUCCUCUUUUCUAACGAAGACUGAGGCCCUCCUGGCUUAUAACCGAGGAUAGUGGAUGAGAGGGAAAGAGUAGAUGCCAUGGCUGAGGAAAGCAAGCGGUUUUAAAAAUUGGAAAAUUGUUGAGGUCUUAUCAAAAGAGGGAUCUUGUACAGCAACUGGUAUUGACUUUUGCAAUUCAGCGUGAAGAGCGGGAAAUUUCACAACUUUUUCAAGAGCGGAAAAUAUGAAACCCCUGCACAUAGCAAGAAAAAAAAGCGAGCUAAACCUUUGAAAGGGCGCGAAUUACGCAAUCUACGUCAAGGGGAAAUUUUACGUUCAAUGCCAAGUGCGGAAUAAUGUAUAACUUGUACCCAGGGUGAAAAAUUGUCCUACCUGCGUUAAGAGUGAGAAAUAUGAAACUGCUGCGAACACUGGGUAAUUAUGCGAUCAGUGCCCAAGGCGGGAGGGCCUGCAACCGGUGCGGAGGACAGCAAGUAGUUUUAGGGCCAGGUAAAGGGCGGGAAAACAUGCAAGGUUACCUGCGGUGAUUGUGCUCAGCCCACCAAGGUUUAUCAUCUCGGGGGUUUUUUUUAUUGUGAAAUUAUAUGUCUGGAAAAAAAAAAAAAAAAUCUGAAUUUUGUACUUUAAAGUUGUGUUGGAUCUUUGAUUAUGGUGCACUAUCCUCUCUUUAUCUGAAGUGUCAGCGUCAGUAGAAGAUGGUAUCAAAGAAAUAAUGACUGCACUCAGUUCGCUUCCUGAAUCAGUGGUUCGAGUGAUGGAGUAUCUGUUUUCUUUCCUUAGCUUGUAAGUAUUAUAAGUCAAUCUUUUUUAAAAGCUCUGUUAGUUGAUGGUUUUCAUCGGAUCGAAGAUGUUACAAUGUAAUUUACCCAGAAAGAAUGCUACUCUCCUGAAAACCGAACUUCCCUAUUAAACAACGUGUCCCAAAUUAUUAUAACUUUAGCCCAAUGCAGAUUGAAACUUAGUUCGCCACUGACGCAAAGUGAAUGUUGCUUCUAAAUCUCCUCGAAAUACACAAUCUUUCAAGGAAUUACGGUCGUUUCGCUUACGUCUAGAGUCGAUUCGCCUACGUCCAAUAUGUCAGUUCGCCUACGUCUUAAACCCCGUACUAUGACAAUUAUUGUAUAAAACAAUUGAUUCAAUUGAAACAAAAAUUGAUGAUGUUCGAAAACCAUCGCAUGAAAAUUUGAUAUCACAACUAAUGAACUCUAAUGAUUACCAUGUUAAUUGGGUUCAUCUCACCGCGCUUUGACAUGAGAGACAAAUUGAUUUGACCCUUUUUGCAACAUUGGAUAAAUGCUAUGAUAUAUAUCAAUGUUGCAAUUGUACCCUAAUAAUCAAAUUACUGUAAUUAUCAUGCUUUCCACGCUUUUGCACUGCUGUAGUGUUAUUCAUGCAUAUGAAUCGUAGGCGAACCGACUCUGGACGAAGGCGAAACGACCCGUAGGCGAAACGACCUGAAUAGCUCUCAGUCAGUAUAGCUUUUCAGACAGUCGGUCUCUGUCAACAACAGCAAUUGUUCUUUUUAGAACUUUCUUGAAGACUACAACACAGCAAUUUCAGAUAAAAUAACAUCAUUAUUACAUAACCCAAUAGAAUGUUCCAGGCAGUUCCAUGGUAUGACAUCAGAAAGUUCGAGUAUCCACAUUGCCGUGACAAGGCAUUCUAGAAGUUUUCAAAAAACUGCUACUCUAUAGCCACUUCCCAUAACAAAGAAUACGUUCGCAAAAUUGAACCCCCAAAAUUUAAUGUUCUACGGUAUGACGUCUCUCGGCAGAGUUGCACAGCACAGUGAAUCUAACAAGAUGGACGCCCACAAUCUGGCGGUAGUGUUCGGCCCGACAUUGUUACGUAUCCCGUCCGAACAAGACAUGAUAGCUUAUCAAAGUCAAGUGAAUGGAAUGAUAGAAUUACUUAUUAAACAUUGUGACGAGAUAUUCCCUGGCUCUGGAGAAUCGCUACCAGCGCCAUUAUCUGAGACAGAAGAGAGUGAGAGCGAGGAAGGUAAGUGUUCAGAAUGGAACGAUUUUUAAUGCCCUCUCAGAAGGAAGAGAGAGAGAAUGAGGAGUGCGUCAAGUAUUUAAAGCAUUUAAAACAUUGCUUUUAAAAGAUAUCUUUUUAGAUUAAAUAGAAUGUUGAAACAUUCUUAGAGUCAACACGUCCAUAUUAGCUAAAAAUUGCAACCAUCUCUCUUACUUCCGGUUCUUUUGAACCUCACUUGCUCAUAACGAACUCUGCAACUCGCCUACACGUUAAUAUAAAACGCGAUUUAACAGCGAGCUGAGCGCUCGCAGUACUCGUGCGUUUCAUGCCAGUUCGUCGUCUUUUUUCUUACAGUCAUGGUUACUUUUUUUUCCUGCAGAUCUGGAGCCAAGGGAAGCCGAAGCGAUAUAUGAUUACUCAGCUCGAUCCUCCAAGGAAUUGUCCUUUAAAAAAGGCGACAUUAUUCAGGUGUUCAAAAGAUUUAACCCGGAAUGGUGGGACGGGACAAUCAAUGGAACUGAAGGCUUUGUGCCAGCCAGGUACAUUCGUAUGCUGACAGACGACGAUGUCGAUGCAAAUGAUGGCGAAGGGAAUAUCUCGAUCUCCGGCGAGCUGUCGCCAUCACCCAAGAUUUCAUCCAGUGGAAUAGACAGGCCUAGGGAUCUGCCUCCAAGGAUCCCCAAGAGAGGGGCUCGCUACGAGGAAGGGACAGUUUACCCUCUCCCACAGCGGAUCAUGCAAGCCACGUAGCAGCAAGUCCCAUCGGAGCAAGUCCGAUAGGAGUGAGCUCUCAGGGGCCAUCUCCAGGAUCAUCGUCGUUUAAGAAGACCUCCGUGCCAGCAAUCUCAUCGGAAGAUAUCGUAAAGCGGCAGCUGACGCGGCUUCGUAAGGCGCCCAGAGAAGAGAGCGACAACUCUGUGGAUAAGACACCUGAUAAGGAACAAGGAUUCGUGAUACCAAGGCUUCGGAGCAUCUCGCCUACCAGAAAAUCCCAGUCACCUAGCCAGGAGAAGGCGGAAGAAGCCGAAAAGAAGGAAGAACCAACGGAUAAAGACUGGAGAGGGGGAGGUGAAGCUUCCAAAGAGGAAAACCGGAAGUCCGUAGAAGGUGUGUGGCAGCCACGAGAGGAAGUUAGCAUUCCAGCGAAUAACACUCCCCAGGGCAUUUCUCCGACAACAACGGCACCGGCACCGGCACCGAAAAUUCCCCAGCGGUUCGCCCUAAACCCAAGGGAAACCGCAACCCUCAGCCCCUUUCCGUAAAAACUCCGAUGAUCUGUUAGCUUCGCUGCAGGCUGCUCAAGUCGUGCGGAGUCAUCGGACUAGUGGCGGUCCUGACGACAACAGGAAGAGCGGAGGGUCUGUGGGGACGACACUGCUUUUGAGGGUCUC